AUGUUGGCAACUGUUCGUCGCGCAUCAAACAGCGUUUUGCAAACGCUGACGGGGCGAGGAGACUGGGACCCGCCUCCGAGUGUGUCUGGAGAGCCUUCGCCAGUUUUAACGCGACAAGCGAGUCGCCGCUGCGAAGCGGAGAAAGGAGGCGGGUUAUCCUUCUCUCGAUCUAAUCGCUCUCGUGGGAGUAACGCGAGUUCCAGCUCGAUAAGCGGAUUGGGUUUUCCUGGCGCUGCUUCAGUAAACCCGUGGGGCUUCCGAAGUUCGUAUGUGUCGCGAACUGGAGCCGGAAGCUCUGGCGCGGGCGCGGCGCCCUGCCGCGCCUCGCGCGUUUCGACAGAGGGAGAACCCGAAGAAUAUUCCAUCUAUUUCGGCGGGCAAAACGACCCCGUGGCGCAGCCGCUUCAGACGCUGGAGAUCUUUGGAGCCGCCAGCAAACGCGCAGACGAACUGCGAGCCCAGAGAGGCGCUGAAGAAGUGAGAGCCGACAGAGGCGGAAACGCGGGUCUGCGGUCGAUUCUCGUCGUUCGCAACUCCCAAGGUGGUCUCUACGGCGCCGGCAGCACUCGGCCAUCCUGCCGAUCAAUACAGAACCGCGUUCGCUUCACGGAGGUGAAUGAACUGCGGGAAUACUAUCCCUAUGAAACGUUUCGUACUCGCGAGGGCCACGCCGUGUCGGAACAUCCACUGCUCGCGUCAUUGCGCAACAUCCUCUUCCGGACGCAAAGCGACAAACGCGCAGUCGAGCAACUCGCAGAAAAAGUACAGAUAAUGACUGAGAGAACUUCUGCUGUAGCCACAGCCAUUGACUCGUGCGUGAACUCUUUUGAGCGGGGAGCAGAAACAGUAUACACGAAGGAGUCAGUGGCAGAAACGCUGGUGCGAGUCGACGACGCCCACAAACGGUAUCAAGCAGAGAUCCUGCAGGAAGAGAGAAGGACAAAAUGUAGGGCGAGAAGGCGUUCGGCUUGA